CUCUGUUCCGAUUUCUCUCAUCGCCGCUUCUCUCACUUUGAAAACCACCGAGAGCAGCGGAAGUUGCCGGAGGUCGUUCUCCGAGCCCUAGAACUCCAUUUUCAGGUUUCUCAAACGGGAACUCUUUUAUCUACUUAGUGCCUAGCCAAACUACAUCUGCUCAAGGUCAAAUGAUGUCGUCUGAGGACCAAUUUCCUUUACAGCAGCCAUACUUGUCUGCUGGACAUAUUGAAGAAAAAGUUUCCAGUCAUUCAGAAACAAUGCCUUUGCGUUCACGGAACACAGCACUAGUUGUUCAACAUUCACAAGCCAAAACUGAACUUGUUAUUCUUUCAGAAACAAAGGCAUUGCAUUCAGGAGAUACCGGUCCUUCCAAGUCAGCAGAUCUGAAGUUGGAAAAAUCUGAAAUUAAACUUGAGCAUGAAGCAUCUCCAAAGACUUUAGAGUCAAGGCCGCAUCAGCUCAAUUCCUCUUCUGCCUUUUCUGGUCAUUCUGACAAACCUAUUAAGGCUGCACAGAUGCAUCCUGGUAUACAACCUGUUAGAGAUUCUCAAGGAUAUCAAUCUUUGACCAAGAUAUCUUCCACUACUUAUCAAGGACACAGUUUUCCUUACCCUAGAAAUACUUUCUCUGGAUCCACGUCAACUUAUCCAACUGCAAACAAUAACUACCGGUUUCAGAUAAGGGAUAAGCCAAACUUCCAAAAAAGUUAUGGCGCACCUAAUGAGCUAGUUCGUGGUCCUCGUGCCAACAGAUUGAAGCCUCAUUCAAGUUCAUCUGUGGAGAAAGAUAACUUGAACCCUUCUUGGCAAGAAGAUCAGUAUAAUAAAUCUGACUUCCAAGUUAAAUAUGAGAAUGCAAAAUUUUUCAUGAUAAAAUCAUACAGUGAAGAUGAUAUCCAUAAGAGCAUCAAGUAUAGUGUAUGGGCAAGCACUGCGAAUGGGAACAAUAAGUUAGAUGCUGCUUUUCAGGAGGCGGAGAUGGAGAAGAUUGAUAAGGGUAUACAAUGCCCAAUAUUUCUUUUCUUUUCGGUGAACGCAAGUGGUCAGUUCGUAGGCUUGGCGGAGAUGACUGGGCCGGUUGAUUUCAAGAAGACCAUGGACUUCUGGCAGCAAGAUAAAUGGAAUGGCUUUUUUCCAGUAAAAUGGCACAUAAUAAAGGACAUUCCAAACAGGAAUUUUCAGCAUAUCACUCUUGAAAACAAUGACAAUAGAGCUGUAACUUUCAGCAGGGACACACAAGAGAUAAAACUUCCUCAAGGUCUAAAAAUGCUUCAGAUUUUUAAGGCUUACCAAUCGGGAACAUCAAUACUAGAUGAUUUUGACUUCUAUGAGGAGAAGGAAAAGUCACCGUCUGCCAAGAGAAAUGAACCAGCAUUGGCGCAUUCAAAUUCUGAUUCUCUAGAUGAAUGUUCUCUGGAAUAUUUGGAAUCCUCAUUUAAAAAUAUGAAAGUGCAAGAAAGACCUCAAUCAUAUCUCGAAUCACAGUAUCAACCAAGAGCCAGAUCAUAUUUUGAAACUCAGUAUCAAGGAAGACCCCGAUCAUAUUUUGAAUCACAGUAUCAAGCAAAACCAAGAUCGUAUUUUGAAUCGCAGUACCAAGCAAAACCUAGAUCAUAUUUUGAAACACAGUAUCAAGGAAGACCCAGAUCAUAUUUUGAAUCACAGUAUUCUCACAACAAUUUCAGAUCAGAUUCUGCUUCACAGUAUUCUAAUAGUAACAGGAGACCGCAUGUCAGCAGCUGCUCUACCGUGAACAGAAGUUAGUCUUGCAUUUAUUAACGUUAUCAUGAGUCAAGUAUAACUUCGGCUAUAUUAUUCCCUUUUCCAGCAGAAUCAAAGCAAAUCGUCUGCUGUUUUUGGGGGGUUUUUUUCUCAUGAUUUUCAUAAUUGUCUCUCACGAUUGGCUGGGGGUUAUGAAUGGAUAUUUUGAUAUCUUCAGCUUAAUUUUACGAAUUGCUUGAAUCAAACUUUAUUCUCUGUAAAGCUAUAUCCUUUUGAGGUUAUGGGUGGAAAAUGUACACCAUUUGUUGACUUGGCUUCUGUGAUUCCUCUGACAAUGUAGAUUUUAAGUGGAGUUUGUUUUUAUGAUCAGGGUAUUGAAAAGGUGAUAUUGAGCAA